GAAUGGUGACGUGUUCUGUCAGUGCAAGUUUUUUUUUCACUCUCUACGUGUUCACUAUGAGAAAACUCUUAUUUUCUAUAUGAAAAUCACACCCUCUUCCUGCCUAUUUUUCCCUUUUCCGUUGUGUCUUUUAUGUAGAUUGUGAAGAAGAUUGUGAAAUGUCCAGCAAUGAGGCAGCAGACAGUUCCACGGAACUCAACAGUCUCCAGGAGAAUUUGUCGCAGCAGCAAGCCAAAAUAGCUGCCCUGAAGGAGCUGGUGAGGCAGUCGGAAGUGUCCCAGGGCAAGAAGGCAGCUCAUGCGAAGGAGAAAGUGAAAAACAUUGCCCAACGCCUGUCUCACCUCAAAUCCAAAGCAACAAAUUCGAGUCAAGCAUUCGAUUGUCCGAUCAUCGAGGAAAGUCACGAUGUCAGCCAGAGCCGACCAAAGUCUCGUUCCGAGACACCGGGCAGCGAAAAAAUUCAACUGCUGCGACGUCAGAUGGAGGAGAAUCGGCAACGGAUGGCUGAACGAGAGAGCAGCAAGAGAGAUAUUGAGGAGAUGGUGACGCAGCUCAAAGCGAAAUUCGACACGACCCAGCUGUCGCUGGAAAGAUCCACAGAGUUAGGCAGAUCCACUAGUGAUUUGUCCAUCUUUGCAGCCAGUCGACCGGAAACUCCGGCGCAUUCUGCCGAAGCGGAAUUGCGUCGGAAGAUCCGGAAUCUUGAGCACGAAGUUGAGAGGUAUCGUGAAAGUGCUACGAAUAUGACUUGCAAUCAUACGACAGAGAUUCAGCAGUUGCAACAUCGAAUUCUGGAUCUGGAGGAGAAUCUGAGAGAGAAGGAGAGUGUCAUUGAUGCGAGAACCCAAGCGGUUACGCUGAUGUCAGAGAGUUUGUCCCAGAAGACGCAUUCGACGGUGAAUCUACUGGAGGACACAAAGGUGGAGAUGUUCAAGAUGCAGGAGGCCUUUGUGGAGAAGGAAAAACAGUUGAAUGGGGAAAUUGAGGAGUUGAAGAAGCAAUUGGAGGAGAAAGGGCAAGAAAUAACGAAUUUGCAGGAAGUUAAUGACAUCCUGGAAACAACGAGGUAUGAUCUUACUGUGAAGAAUGCUGAAUUGUCGGCGCAGGGAGAAGGAAUGGUGAAUCUUCAGGCGAGAGUUGAGCAGUUGACGGGGGAGAAGGUGCAUUUGGAGGAAGAAAUUGAUCGACUGCACGCUUUUUUGCCGAAAGAUGACAGCGGACAGUCUGCUGAGGACUUCCUAGCUCAGUUUCGUGCCAAUGAAGAGAAAAUCCAGAAGUUGGAGGAGUCUCUGAUGCAGAAAACGGUCGAGUGUAAUGUUCUAUCGGCGAACUUUUCUGUGCUGCAGGAGAAGAUGAAGGCUUCCGGACCUAAACCUCUGUUCGCGAGCGAUCGCAGCGAGGAAGGUGACCAGGAAGCUGCGAAACUCCGAACGCAGUUGGAUGACGUCAACAAGAGUCAGAUCAAGAUGAAGCUGAAGAUGAAGCAACUCCAGAAGCAGGUUGAUGCGUUCCGGAAGACGUCGGACAUCCAUCAAAAAGUGUUGGAGUUGUCGGAGGAGAAUGAAAAGUUGCGGCAGAAGACGAAGGGUAGGAGCGAACCUAUGGAUGAUGCCGGAGCUGGAAAGCAAUUGAAGACUCUAGAGGCAACGUGUCAGAAUCAAGUUGCUGCCAUCCAACUGCUCGAAGAGCAGAAGAUCGAUUUGGUUGACCAAGUUGCAAAGGUAAGGGAAGAGCUUGAGGCUCUGAAGACAGCACCAGUGAGGAGUGAACCUUGCCAGGGAAUCAGUGUCUCCUCGCAGAUUGACAGCAUAGAACUCGAGGAGACAAUUGAACAGUACGCUGCUGACAAGGAAUCCCUGAUACGGGAGGUGGAAGGCCUGAUCGAACGCAACGAAGAACUGAAGCAGAAGAUGCAGAAGCUCGAUGAAGAGAAGCAGGAACUUCUGAUCAAGCUCGAUCAAUCGUCAGCGGAGAAGCAAGAACUCCUCGAAAAGAUCGACAAACUCAGUAUUAAGAACGUCAGCUCGGUGGAAUCCUUGGAGAUCGUAGAGAAUCUCACGCAACAGGAACAGCUAGAAAUGGAACAACAGGAAACUGGUCUCAUUGGCGAAGAGCUCAGUGACAGUUUGAUGAAGCUUCGUGAAGAAAGUUCGGAGUUGAUGAAUAAAAUUGAGAUGUUUACAAGUGAACGCCGAGAAAUCCAUCAGCAGUACGUCGAAAAGAUCGAGGAACUCGAACAACAAGUAAAGGAUGCAGAAUCUGAGAGGAAUGAUGCCGAGAAGAAGGCAACGGAACUUGAAGAUCUCGUUCAAACGUCAAAGAGAAGCGUUGAAAAUCUAGAGAAUCAACUGCAACAGCUCAAAGCGGAGUUCAAUGAGAAACUCGAUGAGAAUCACAAUUUGAGUGAAGAAAACAACAAUUUGAAGGAGAAAUUGGUGAAUCUUGAUAACGUCUUGACCACAGUCGAAGCCCAAGGAUCAGAUAUGAGUGUCCAUGUGGACAAAAUCGCUCAAUUGGAGAUGGAAGUUACCUUGAAGAAUGAAACGAUCGAGACGGUUAAUCGACAAAUCAUGGAACUCUAUGCAACGCUCGAGGAGAAGAAUUCUCAAGUCCUCGACAAAGAUGACGAGAUCACCUAUCUCAGGGAUCUGCAUCAAACAGCAACGGAUCAGUUGCAUCAAGCGACUCAUGGCAAUGAUCAACUGAAGAGGCUGGUAGAUCAACUCCGACGGCAGCUAGCUGAGGUUGAACAGAAGAAUGCCCGUGUUGCCAAUGCUACGGAUGACGUCAAAAUCGGUCUCGAGAAGAGAAUUCAGGAACUAGAAGACAAAGUAAUGGACUCCGAAGCCAAAAGGCGAGAACAGCUCGAAAAAUUGAAGAAAUUCGCUGCAAAUCUGAAAAAGAAAACCCAACAGUGUACAGAUUUGGAAGGUGAAGUCAUCAAGAGGAGCGAAGAGAAUGACGUCAUCCGAAAGGACUACGACGAGGCUGUUCUAAAGUUGUCGUCCGUAACGGAAAUUCAUCAAGCUGAAUUAUCCGAAAUGCAGAAAGUUCUUCAAGAUCAGAAGAUAGAAUUCUCUAGGAAGAUUGAUGACAUGAAAAAUGAACUGGUCGCUAAAGGUGCAGUCGUCGAGGAACUUCAGAAUCUGCUAAAAGACAGAGAUGUCCAGUUGCAAACGCUUCGGGAAGAAGCUAAAGAUCGCGAAGCGAAGCUCUUCCAGAAGAUUGAAACGCUUCAGAAUGAAGUGGACUCCAGAGGACGAGUCGUCCAAGAACUUCAGGAGGCCCUAGUUCAACCACAAGAAAUGGAGAAACUCCAAAAUCUGCUGAAGGACAGAGAUGUCCAGUUGCAAACGCUUCGGGAAGAAGUCAAAGAUCGCGAAGCGAAACUCUCCCAGAAGGUUGAAGCCCUUCAAAAUGAAGUGGACUCCAGAGGACGAGUCGUCCAAGAACUUCAGGAGACCCUCAUUCAACCACAAGAAAUGGAGAAACUUCAGAAUCUGCUGAAGGACAGAGAGCUCCAGAUGCAGAAGCUUAUGCAAGAAGUCAAAGAUCGCGAAGCGAAACUCGCCCAGAAGAUUGAAACGCUUCAAAAUGAAGUGGACUCCAGAGGACGAGUCGUCCAAGAACUUCAGGAGACCCUCAUUCAACCAGAAGAAAUGGAGAAACUUCAAAAUCUGUUGCAAGAGCGGGAUCUUCAGAUGCAGAAGCUUAUGCAAGAAGUCAAUGAUCGUGAAAAGCAGUUUUCGGAGAAGAUAGAAUCACUUCAACACGAAGUUGACGCCAGAGGAAGGGUCAUCCAGGAAAUUCAAGAAACCCGUAUUCCUCCCCAAGAAAUCGAGAUGUGGCAGAAUCAAGUGAAGGAAAGAGACAUAAAGGUGCUAAAACUUCAACAGGAAGUAACGGAUCUUCUGCAGAAGUCUUCAAAUGUCGAUUCACUGAAAGAAGACGCCAAUAAAUUGAAAGAGUCCUUGGAGGAGGCACACAGAAGUUACCAAGAAUACGCAAGACAGACUCAAGAAGCAUUUGCAGACAAAGAACAGAGGUACCUGGAGAUGAUAAGUUCCUUGGAAGCUAAGAUAACAGAGCAUCAAAUGUACAUUGAAGAUAGAGAAAAUGAAAAUGCCAGUCUCAGUACGAGAAUCAAUAAACUCGAAGAAGGUAUUAGCUACAUUGAAGCCCGAAGGAAUUCACUGGAGAAGAAGAAUAAUAUUCUGGGUGAUCAGUUGAGGGAGAGUCAAGCAGAAUUCUCAGAGAAUGAAGAUAAACUACUGCAGAGACUAGCAACACUUUCGGCAAAUGAUGAAAUCAUUGCAGAAAAACUUCAGAACACUCAUACGGAAAAGAUGGAACUGGCAGAAACAAUUGCCGAGCUGACAGCUGAGAAGAAAGCCCUGGAGAAUCGUCUUCAAAUCCUUGAACAGGAAAAUGUAGAGUCCCAGAAGAAGACAGAGAUGCAGGAGAGUGAAUAUGGGUUCCUGUGUCAACAGAUUGAGAAUCAAAUGGGUGAUAUGCGAAAGGUCCAGGAGGACUUUGAGAGGAGACUUCGGGAGAAGACUCAGGAGAUUGAUGAUCUCGAAGUGGAAUCAAGCAAUCAGCUUCAGAAGAUCGAAGGAGAGAAGAAGAUACUUCAGGAAAUGCUUGAGCGUACCAGAGAUGAAAAUUCCGAACUUCAGGAUGAGAUCAUGAAUCUCAGGGAGAAUUUGAAUUCACUGGAGCAGAUUCGGAAUGAUCUGGAACGGGAUUAUUCCUGGGCAAAGAUGCAAAAUGAAACCCUGAAUCAUGAUCAACUGGAAACGCAAGAACUGCGAAUGCAAGUAGUUCAAGAUCAGACGGAAAUUGAGAAUCUGCGACAGGAGAAUCAGGCUCUGAGGAUGAGUCAUGAGUGUGAGGUGAAUUCCAUCAAGAGUGUCCUCGAUAGAGUGAGAAUUGAAAAAGAGACGCUUGAAGCGGAGUUGAAGUCUUUCAAGGAACCUCCUGAAAGACGAACGCAUGCACCGUCAACCGAAGCGGUUGCCGUUGCAAAGGAAGAAAAGGUUGAUGUUGAUGCAGCUCCGCAAAACAUUCCAUCCUUCAUGGGAGCUAAGUUCUUUGCCGAGGACGCAACGAGUAUUGACUUCUUCGAUCAACCUGUGAUUCAGGGAGCUGCGGACGACGAAUAUGAAAACAGGGCGCCCGUUGUCGAGGAAUUGAUCAUACCGAAGACGGCGUAUAUUUGUCAUCCGAAAACGGAGGGAGAGGUCGAUCUGGCAGGACAGGAAGAUGACGGAUGGGGAUGGAGUGCAGAGGAAGCUGUCCUCGAACAGGAACAUCAGAAUCAAACAGCCGCUCCACCUUCUCUCCUUUCGCAGACGUCUCAGAUUGAAGUGAAACUUCAAAUGUACGAAGAUCGAAUACAAGAUCUCGAAGCCGAGAAGCAAUCUUUGAAGGAUGAAAUCAGUCAAACAAGGCAGAAAUCGGAGAAGAUGCUGAAGAAACUUAAGGAGUACCGAAGCAAAUGCGAAAGCUUCGAGAGAUCUAGUCAGUCGAGUUUGGAUUUGGAUUUGGCGAUACAGGAGGAACUGAGGGAUCAGGUGAAGAGUCUCGAGGCGAAGUUAGUUGCGGAGAGGAAGCAAAUGACAACUGAAGUGGAGAAUCUAACGAAACGUGUUGAAGUUCUAAGUGCCAGCAAUGAUAGAUUUGUUGACUUGAAGGAACAACAAGAUUCUCAAGUUGAAAUGUACAGAAGUCAGAUCAAGGCACUGACACUUCAGUUGCAGGCAAUGGAAGAGAAGCAGAAUGAUGCAUGGAACACUCUGGAUGAAGAUGAAACGAAGGAGGGACUGAGUGAGGAAGUUCAAGCUCUGCAGGAAGAGAUCUCUAAGAGAGAUGCAAAGAUUUCCGAACUAAGUGAUAAGAUUUCGCAUAUGGAGGAUGAAGCAGAGCAGUUUGUUUUGCAAAUUGAUCAGUUCCGAAUGGAAUCGGCUGGGAUUAAAGAUCAUCUGGAGAAGUUGACGCUUGAACAUGGAAAACUUAGUGCACAGGAAACUGAGAAGUCCGCAGAUACUGCCAAGUUUGAGGAACUGCAGAAGAUGGUGCAGGAACUUCAAGAGGAAAGAACUCAUCUCAGUACUGAGCUGAGAACCAUCAGGGAACAAGCUCAACUGGCUGAAAAGUCUGCACAAUUCUUGGAACAGUUGAAAUUGGAACUGGAAACGCUCAAGCAGGACAAGGCUACGAGGGAGGCAGCCUUUGAAGAAGCCAAUAGGAAAUGGCAAGAGGCUCUGGAAGAGCGUGGAAACAGCAUUGCGGAGAGUUGGAAAGCACAUCUAGCAACAGUUGAAGCAGACUUUGCUGCCAGGGAAGAAGCCCUAAGGCAGGAAAUGUUAGCUAAUCCUCCGAAGGAAGACAGUCCACCGAAAGAAACCGUUUCUGCUGAACAUGUUCCAGCUGGAAUUGCUGACAUGAUGGCCAAUAUGCAGAAUGCUCUGGAGAGUCAGGAAUUGGAGCUGGUGACACUGAAGGAGCAACUGGCCAUUCGGAGUGCAGAAUAUGCAGCUCUCUCUGCUCAGUUGGAUCCCUUUGGGCACUCAGCCACAAGCAAUAUGGCUCUGGUGCAGCCGAAACUCAUCAAAACUCCACCUACCUCAACUGGGGACGUUCCACCGCGCACAGAUCUCGAUCUGGCCCUCUAUACAUUGCACCAGCGUGACAUGAGAUGCGAAGAGCUGACGCUAGAGCUCACGAGGUUACUGGAAGAAAGGGAUACGUUGCAGCUGAAGCUGUCAAGUGCCAUUCGACAGAUUGAGCGUAUGAAGGUGGCAUCGCCAGAUGGAAGUCCAGUUGCCAAUUCAAAUGCCACAGUCGACAGUGGAAGUCACCUUUCAGACAAAAUUUCCGAGUUGCAAUCCGUAAGUCAUGCCAGAGAUAAGAAUUUCCACGAAGAGCGACAACAGAGGCACAAGCAAAUGUCAUGGUUCUGGAGCAACACGUAAUACAUCCGACUGUGCGGUGGUUCUUUCAUGGGAAAGUGCAUUUGUGCAUACACGGGCGCGAAAUCCAAAUGCGCAACGGGGAGACGGCGUGGGUGAGAGGUAAAGCAACAAUAAUAUUGUGGUAUCUUGCGAAAAAUUAAUGCAGUUUCUAUAUUAGAGAAAAAAAUAAGAGAGAAUUUACUAAAAAAAAAAAUGGAACUUUAAGCGAUUGUACAGAGUUUUUAAGUUGAUUUUUUUCCAUAUGCAAGUGAGCAGAUUUUUUUUUUUGCAAACACUCUGUUCCGGGGGGAAAUAUUUUUGAAAUAUAUGUAUAGACGUUUA